UUAUAAUGACAGACAGCUUAAAUUCAAGUGGAUAAUUUUAUAAUUUUAUUGGAACAGCUGGUACAGCAGAUUUUAUGCCAGGAUCAGGAUAGGAACAAUAGUUAAUAUAAUAAUAAUAAAUUAGAUUAAGUUUUGGGAGAAAUUAUAUAGGAUAUAAUGAUUAAUAAGCAGGAAGUUGUUAGAAUAUAUUCCAUUAAUCAUAAUAAAUAGAUUUAGAAAUAAAAAAUAGUCUAGAUUAGUUUUUUGAAAUGAAAAUAGAAGAUGUUAGAUUAGAAAAUAUAUUAAUUUAAGAAGAAUCUUAAAGUCAAUAAAAAUAAAAGUAAUCUGUACAUUCAGAUUUAAAUAGUAGAUCUCAAUAUUCCGGAGAUCAAGAUUUUCGAUUAGGUUAUAAUGAUUUCUAUUAUAUUUAGAAUCAGCAGAAUAAAUUAAUAGUAAAUUUAAACCUGAAGUUAAAAUGCUUAUCCCAUAAAAUUAGGGUAAGAGUAUAUAUCGUGAUAAAAUUGAUUCAUUAUUAGAAAAACGAACAUCAAAUAAUAAUUCAGUAUCACCUUCUAUUACUCCAAAAUCUUCUAAAAGUUAAUAAAAGUUAGAGAGAAAAAGAUCAUAAAAUAUUUAGAAUGAAAACUCAAAUGAUAUGACAGAUCCAACAUAAUUGAAAUUAGCAAAAAAUAGAGAAUCUGCAAAGAACUCAAGAGAGAGAAAAAAAAUAUAUCAAUAAUUGCUUGAAAAAUAAGUGUAAGAAUUAUAAUUAGAAAAUGAAAAAUUAAAAGAUAUAUGUAAAAAUUAAGUUUAAUCAAUGGAAAUAGUAAAUAAAAAGACUUAAAAAGUAUAUAAUUGAAUUUAAUACUAGUUUUAAUUAUUUUUAGAAUAAUAGUAAUAAUUAUUUGAGAAAUUAGAAUUAUGCAUAAUAAAGAAAGCUAGUUUUGAUGAGAUUGGAAUUAUAAUGGAUGCAUUAAGAUUUAGAAUAUAAUCAAAUUCAUAAGAAAGAAAUGAUACUGUUAGAGUAUAUUUUGAUAGUAUGGCAGAAAUAAUGUUACCAAUGUAAUCAAAAUAUUUAAUAUAUGCAUGUUAAAAUUCAAAAGAUAUGUUUGCAAAUAAUAAAUAGUAUGUAUUUAUGUUAUAAUAUUUUAUAGAGACUAUAGUGAAUGGUUGAAAGAAAGUUUUGAAAGUACAAAUGUAAAAUUUGAGAAUUUAACAAAACUCAAAAAGUUUUAGACCAAGGUUUAAGAAUUAAAAUAAAGUAUUUCUAAGUAAUAAUAAUAAAAUUAAUAUAAAGUUGUUUAGAUAAAAUAAAAAAUGAAAUAAAAUAGAUUUAAGAUUAAGCUUCUAAAUUAGAUUUAGUUUGGGAUAAUUUGAAAUAAAUAUUGAAUCCAUUAUAAUUAGGCACAUUAAUGUGUUCACUCUAUCAUGUAAUAGAGUUGACGAUAAUAUAUAGAAUCUAUAUAGAAAUGAGUUAUAGACAAAUACAUUGUUUGCUUAAUUAAAAAAUUCUUAGACUGAAGAAGAGGAUGAUUUUUAAUUUAAAAUAGAAGAGGAAAUAAACUAUGAAACUAAUAAAAUGGUUAAAAGGUGUUGAGAAUUAUAAAACUUAUAUAAUUAAAUUAUUAUAUUGUUUCAGUGAACAUUAGAGAAUGGCUGAUUAAAAAAUUGUUUCUGUCUUCGAUUUUGGAAAAAUAAGAAAUAAAUUUUGGUAACCAUGUGAUAAAUCUGUGUUAGAUGUACAUAUAAUGAAUAAUAUUUAUAUAAGUCUUAAUCUUAUUUAGUUGAGUAAGAAUUUUAAACAGCAGGAAAACUUAUGGUCAAACAAGUAUUCGUUGUACUUGGAUUAGAAUAUAUUUAUAAAGUGACCACAAAUAAAUUAAAAUGUGCUCCUCUUGCUACUAUGCAUUUAAGUUUUAUUGAUCCUGGUGCUGAUCAUAUGGUUUAAUUGAAUUCUGAUGAACAAUAAUUUGGAUUCAAAUUAACCUAUCAAACAAAAACUUUAGAUAUCUUUCUAUCUGACAAAUUGUUAUAUGAUCAAUGGAAAUAACAUUUCAGAAGAGUUUGUUUGUUAGAAAAUUUCCAUGAGGCUUUUAUGGUUUCAAAAUUAAUUGGAAAAGGAAGUUUUGCUAAAGUUUAUUUAGCAACAAAAAAGGAGAAUAAUUAAUAAUUUGCUAUCAAAGCAUUUAGUAAAUCCUUUAUGUAAUAAUAACAUAAGGGAAUUGAAAGCUUAUUAAAUGAAAUGCAAGUUAUGAGAAAAUUAAAUCAUCCAAAUAUAGUAAAGUUGCAUGAAGUUCAUGAAACUACUAAUUCAGUUUAUUUUGUUGUAGACAUAAUAACUGGAGGUGAAUUGCUUUAAAGAGUUAGAGAAACAGGUAUUUAAUUCAGUAAUUAUUAGGUUUUCUACCAGCUGAAACACUCUAGAAGUUGGCUUAUAAUUUAUUGUCAGCAUUAAAUCAUUUGCAUACAUAUAAAAUUGCUCAUAGAGACUUGAAACCUGAAAAUUUAUUACUUCGUUCUAAUGAAAAUAAUUAUGAUAUUAUUUUGGCAGAUUUUGGAUUAGCAGCCUAACUUAUAGAUGAUAAUAUCUUAUUUAAAAGAUGCGGAACACCAGGAUUUGUAGCACCUGAAAUCUUAGAUUAUAUGGAAGGUCAAUAAUUUUAUGAUGAAAAAUGUGAUGUUUUUAGUGCAGGGGUUAUACUAUAUCUCUUAAUAGUAAUUAUUUUUAUAAAAUAAAGACUGGAGGUUAACCAUUUACUGGGAAAGAUUAAAAAGCAAUUCUUAAGGCUAAUAAAGAUUGUCAAAUUGAUUUUGAAGAUUCUCUUUUUAAAUCUGCCCCAAUUUAAAUGCAAGAUCUUAUUAGAUCUAUGUUAUAAAAGAAACCUUCUUAUAGAUUGAGUUCUAGUGAAGUACAUAAAUUUUUAAUUCUAGUGUUUAAGACAUCCUUAUUUUAAAGAAUUAGUUAAACAAGAAUAAAUAAAAUAAGAAAAAUAUUAAAGUAAUUUGGUAGACUAUAAUAAUUAAUUCAAAAAUAAUGUAAGAGCAGGUUCUAUAGAUCUAAGUUUGGAAUAAAGAACAACAGCAUUUACUGGAAAUAUGAAUUCUAUUGAAUCAAUAUCUUGUGUUUCAAAUGGAUCAUUUGCUAAAAUUGAAAUGAAAGCACCUUCUGUUGUUGGAGCAUCUAAAUUUAGCUAAUAUAGUUCUCGUUUGAAUCGAUUAGGUUCUAGAGAUAUUUCUGGUAGAUUAUAUUAUUCUAUUUUUAGAUAUACCAACUACAUAAUUAUAAAAGACUGAAUCAAAGAAACACAUAGAUUUACAUAGAAUAGCAAUCUAAAAUUCUCAUAGAAAAUAGAUUAUUGAUUAAUUUGAAGAUUAACCUGUGCAUUAGGAAAAUUCGGAAGUUUCUGAUAUGGUAAGAUUAUAUAAUUCUACCAGAUAAAUUCGAAUUCCUGACAAUUUAUCUUAAUUAUCAUAAACAAAUAAAUAAACAUCUACUCCAACUAAUAAAGGUAAAUGAAGUCUUGA